CAGCGCACGCUGACAGCGGAGGCGCAGCAUACGCGCAGAAGGAGACACCCAACCCUCCGGGCCAGAGCCCCCCGCUAAGUUUCUGCGUUUCCACCCCGGAGCAGCUCAGAUCAGCCCCGGGUCCGGGACCAGAGUCUUCCUGCCGGAGUUUCUGUUGCUCCGAUUCAGUGACGGAGCUCAACUUUUCCGAUCCUGCACCCUGAAGGCGGCGUCAGCGCGCAGAUCGGUGCCAACUCCGGGGUGGCUUCCCCCGGAUUACACCCACCGGGAAAUCAGACGAGCCUCUCAGGGGAGGAGGGGGAGGAGGACGGGGGUGGACGGACGGUGGCGUGCAGGGGGAAGCUGUCGACGGCCGGGACACAAAUGAGGAGAAAGACGCGAUGAUCGGCUUGGUGGAAAGUUGGGAGCGACGGCGCGUCGGAGGAAGGAGCGUUCAGCCAAAAGUGUCGACUUCAGAUUAAACCCUGCCCGUGUGGAUCAGGUGCGGGAGCGGCCAUGGAGGAGCAGGACCGGGAGAUCUCGGACGUGGAGAGGAGCUCCACGCUGGCGGAGAACGGGGUCCUGCUGGUGGUCAAUCACAGCCGGGUGCGCCCCCCGCUCAGCGUCCUGCUGGCCACCGUGCUGUACUGCGCGGAGUUCAUCACGGCCGCGGUGCUCUGCAGCAUGUACCGCAAGACCGACGACAACAUCUGGAUGGGCUUCAGCAUCACCUUCAUGCUGGUGCCCGCCCUGCUCAUCCAGCUGACCCUGACGUUCAUCCACCGGGACCUGGGUCGGGACCGGCCUCUGGUCCUCUUCCUGCACCUGCUGCUGCUCGGUCCGGUCAUCAGGUGUUUCGAGGCCCUCGUGGUCUAUUUCAAGGCUGGUAAGAAGGAGGAGCCUUACGUCACCAUCUCCAGAAAGAUCAACUUGAAGAAGGGCCAGGGCACGCCCAUGGAGUGGGAAAUCGGCCAGACGGAGCGCAUCCUGGCCACGCACCGGAACGCCUUCAAACGCACGGCGGUCAUCCAAGCUUUUCUGGGCUCCACGCCGCAGCUGACCCUGCAGCUGUACGCCACCAUCCAGGAGAAGUACAUCCUCCCCAUCAGAUUGGCCCUGAUGAUCAUCACCCUCAUUUCCAUCACGUACGGCGCCCUCGUGUGCAGCGUCCUGGCCAUCCAGAUCCGAUACGACGACUACAAGGUGCGGCUGCGGCCGGCGGCCUACCUGUGCAUGAUCGUGUGGCGAGGUCUGGAGAUCGCCACCCGGGUCACGGCGCUGGUCCUCUUCAGCACGGCGCUCACCCACUGGGUGAUCCUGGUCGGCAUGUCCAACCUGCUCUUCUUCUUCUUCCUGCCCUGGGGCGAGUUCUGGGCCAAGAAGGGCUCGCUGACCGAGAACGUGGAGAAGAACUUCUCCAAGCUGGGCACCACGGUGGUGCUGUGCAUGUUCACGCUGCUCUACGCCUGCAUCAACGUCUUCUGCUGGUCGGCGGUGCAGCUGGACCUCACCCACGGGGAGCUCAUCGAGAAGAAGCAGCGCUGGGACCGCCUGGCCAUGUACUACUCCGCCCGCUUCGUGGAGAACUUCCUCCUCAUCACCCUCUGGUACUUCUUCAAGUCGGACUUCUAUGAGUAUGUGUGCGCGCCGCUGCUGGUGGUCCAGCUGCUGAUCUGCUACAGCCUGGCCGUGCUCUUCAUGCUGCUCUUCUACCAGUUCUGCCACCCCUGCAGGCGCCUCUUCAAGUACAACGUCCACGACUGCCUGCACUGCGUGUGCUGCCACGGGGGGCGCCGCCGCGCGGCGGGCCAGAGGGCGGCCAAGCCGGCCUCCUACUCCACGGCGGGCACCAUGGUGCUGGCGCCGGAGGAGCCGCUGGAGCUGCUCGACCCCCAAAACUCACAACCUCCUGACCUCACCAGAGAGCUGGGAGAGCGAGAGACGCCGAUCGUGGAGGACAUCAUGGAGGCAGCCUGAGGAGGGUCACGGUUUAAUUUACAAACUCAAAUCUAGAAAUGCAUCCUGGGAAUAGUGAGGGAGGAUGCAGGUGCGCUGAGUUGGAGAGAAGUCAUGUGCCUUUUUCUCUCCGAAGUGCAUGAAGCUUAAAUCGUCGCCCAUUUAGGAUUUGAGGAUGGUCUUGCAGACUCGGAGCGUCGCGAAAGCCCCGGUGAACCAAAGAAUGUAGAUCGUCCAGGUAUGCGGCAGCGACGCACAAAGCCCACUGCUGACAGCGGACGGGACUGAACCAGGUGUGAGGGAAAUGUGCCAAGUGGGCUCGAAGUGCCCAAAAACACUAAACCAGCACGUCCCCCGUGCACACGUCCUUCUGGGCUUUCAUACCAUAGAAGCCCCUUUGCACACCUUUGUUUCUGCACUAAACACACACAGUAAGUGGGCAGGAAAAGGUAAGAGGGAGAUCCGUUUAUCUUCCUCAUACCCGACUGCUGUGAUGAAUGCCUUUUGUUGUUCAGUGUCUGCUCUGCCAGUUGCCUAAUUCUCCAAAAGAAGAAAAAAAAAUGAAAACAACAGAUUUUCUUGUUGGGAAGGGGAAAAAAAUUCAGUACAAGUCAAAAGUCGAUGUUAGAAAGGCCUCAGUGGAUAUGAUUGUGUCCUCCUGACACAGAGGUCAUUAAAGCUUUCGUUCGAUGCUGCAUUAAAAGACUGACACUGAAUUGAAGUGCUUUUUUAAAAAUACUUUGCCUUGUCUGUUGAUAUUGUGCCUUGACUACUAUUAAUGUACUUGAACCUUAAAUAAAAUAUUGUGGGAA